AUGCGCAUACAGACCCCACUACCAUUGGAAGUCCACUCACCUCGACUGCUGCCUACCAGAAGCCCAUCAGGAGUCCUCAGUUCUGGCUGUGAAGCGGAUGCCAAAAUAGCAGCGAGCAUAUGGCACCAUCCACCAAGGCACAAGGCAGUACAAAAGUUAGGACAGACGCAGGCUAUGACUGGGUCUGGCGAGGAGUCGUAG